GCCGCGGUGGUGGUGCUCAAUGGUGUAUAUAUAUAUAUUUAUAUGUAAAUCAUUGGUGAUGUUAGUGUAUCGUUUUCGCGCUGAGUAAAAGCCUUUUGAAGUUCAUAUUUACGUCCAUCUAUCGUCUUCGCAUUACUCAAUAAAGAGCGUCGCAAAGACACAGUAAGGCCGUCUUCAAAUUUGUGAACAGGUUCCCAGCGGUGGCCAUUUUGAAUUGUGACCCACCAUGCGUCUGUUCCUGCAUCGGCGCAUGUCCCCCCUGAAGCUGGCCCUGGCUGGGGGAACUCUGUUCAUGGUGGUCCUGGUGAUCCUACAGAAGGAAGUGGGCUCUGGCUCCAACUCUGCCCAGGACCCCUGGUUCCAGGAUCUGGUGGAACGCAAGGAGAGGGUGCUGGUGAUGGUUCGAGGAGCAGUCAACAACCUGGGCUUCCAGAUCGGAGCUCCCCAACCCCCUUCGGUAGAGGAGCAGCAGGCCACACCAGACCGCCACUGUCCUCCAGGUCACUACAAUCAGGCAGAGCUGAAGCCGGUCCUGGAGAGGCCCCCACAGGACCCCCAGGGGCCCGGGGCCGAUGGGAGGGGCUACGAGAAAAACAACAUGACACCAGAGGAGGAGAAAGAGAAGGAAGAGGGGAUAACCAAGAACUGUUUCAACCAGUUCUCCUCCGACAGGAUCUCCCUCAGCCGUAGCCUAGGAGAUGACACCCGGCCACCAGAGUGUGUGGAGCGUAAGUUCCGUCGCUGCCCUCCCCUCCCCACCACCAGUGUAAUCAUAGUGUUCCACAACGAGGCCUGGUCCACCCUGUUGCGUACCGUCUACAGUGUCCUCCACACCUCCCCUGCUGCCCUUCUCACUGAGAUCAUCAUGGUGGACGACGCCAGCACCGCAGAACACCUGGGGACUCGGCUGGAUGAGUACGUGAAGCAGCUGAAGAUAGUGAAGGUGGUGAGACAGAAGGAGAGGAAGGGCCUGAUCACUGCCAGGCUCCUGGGGGCCCGGGGAGCCCUGGGAGAGAUACUCACCUUCCUGGACGCUCACUGUGAGUGUUUCCAUGGCUGGCUGGAGCCCCUGCUGGCUCGUAUCGUAGAGGAGCCCACGGCCGUGGUCAGCCCAGAGAUCACCACCAUCAACCUGAAUAACUUUGCCUUCAACAAGCCUGUAGCCACCGCUAAGGCCCACAACAGAGGGAACUUUGACUGGAGCCUCAGCUUCGGCUGGGAAGGCAUCCCCGAGCAUGAGCGGAACAAACGCAAAGACGAGACCUACCCCGUCAAAACUCCAACUUUUGCCGGUGGUCUCUUUUCCAUCUCCAAGAAGUACUUUGAACACAUCGGGACGUACGAUGACAAGAUGGAGAUCUGGGGGGGUGAGAAUGUGGAGAUGUCCUUUAGGGUGUGGCAGUGUGGGGGCCAGCUGGAGAUCAUUCCGUGUUCCGUGGUGGGUCACGUGUUCCGUACCAAGUCACCCCACACCUUCCCUAAAGGUACUGAGGUCAUCACGAGGAACCAGGUACGACUCGCAGAGGUCUGGAUGGAUGACUACAAACACAUCUACUACCGACGCAAUAGUAAUGCUGCCAAGAUGGCCAAGGAGAAAGGAUUUGGUGACAUCUCGGAGCGUGUGAAUCUGAGGGAGAGGCUGCAGUGUAAGAACUUCACCUGGUAUCUGAAUACUAUUUACCCCGAGGUGUUCGUGCCAGACCUCACCCCUACCAAGUUUGGAGCGAUUAAGAACUCUGGUGCUCAGAGCUGUCUGGAUGUGGGAGAGAACAACAAAGGAGGGAAGCCACUGAUCAUGUACGCGUGCCACAAUAUGGGGGGUAACCAGUACUUUGAGUACACGUCCCAUAAGGAGCUGCGUCACAACAUAGGGAAGCAGCUGUGUCUGCAGGCCAACCCCCAGCCAGACCAGGUUAAGAUAGAGCUCUGUACACUGAAGGGACAAGGGAGUAGCGUGGCCCCACAACAGGAGUGGCUCUUUACAGAGGAGAAUCUCCUCAAGAACCCAGCAAGUGGAAAGUGCUUACUCCUGAAAGGGGGCCAGAUAGUGAUGGAUUACUGUAACGAAGCUGACCUCAACCAGCACUGGGCAUUCAGUUAACCCCUAACCUCCGACCCCUGACCUCCGACCCAUAGAUGCUAUCAGCCAACCUAUAGACCCUAUCGAUCUACCCAUAGACUAUGGGUCAAGCAGGCAGUACCAGCACCAGUACUAGCUGAACCUAACAGGACACAACAUGGAGCAUAAGCACUAGAGACCAUUGAUGACCUAAGUGGAGUGGACAGGUUGAAUGUAGAGUGCUGACUGUGCUAUGGCAGUGCACACCUAAGUGAAGGAUCUCAGGAUAACCACUGCUUUAACUAUAUAUUUAUGAUGAUGGAGACUCAGGAAUGAAGGCUUUAGAUGGCCUCUGUACUUUUCGUGGAGUGUGUGGACAGUGAACUCAGCAGCCUGGGUCGUGUUCAGUAGGGAGAAAAUGUUUUGGAAUGGAGUGAAACGGGGAGAACAGGCCUACUACCUGAACUUAUCUAGUAAGAACACAUAUUUUAGUUUUCCAUGGCAAAACGUUUUACCACUGUGUGCCCUACUGGACACGACCCUGGAGUGGCAGGCGGGAGGUCUCUUCCAGACAACAAGGACCUCAACCCAGAAGUGCCUUCUCUUUACACUCCAGAUUUUAAAUCAUAGUUUUGCUUGUCUAAUUUAUCUUGACAGGUAAUGAAUGUAGAUACAGUGAAUGUUGUUGCUGUGACAAUGCAUAUAUCUGCCAAAGAGAAAGGUGUCAAUAUUUUAAAUAAAGUUUUUAUCUGUA